AUGUGGAAGGAAGGUAGCAGAGCCUCUCUGCCUAUACCUCAGCUCCGCUCACCCUCUCCCCCGGCCUGUUGCCCAUGGCAACCAUAAAUACCCUGCUCUUUGCAUCAUUAAGCUAUCACUCCAGGCGUCUGUGGCGGGGGGUUGCGGAGACGUUGUUCUUUCCUUCAUAAAGUCUGAAAUUAUUAGUAUAGAUUCAUUCAUAUUGGCUGUUCGAUGUACAGUUGCCAUUUAAAUGUUUUGUACUAAAUGGUAACAUUGUGUGAUGGCUGCAUUAUUACAUGAAAAUCAUUCAAUAUGUUCUAUCUUGGGAUUUUAUCCUUUGCUUGUAAUUUUUGUUUCUAAUGGCCUCCCAUUUCUCUCUUCCAUAUUCCCACAUCUCCUGACCUUUUCUCUCCCCUCUCUCACUCUCCUCCCUCACUGUGGUUGUCUCCAUCUCUUUCCUGCCCCUUGUCCUCCUCACCCCACACAUGUAGGAAAGCGACGUGAUGCUCAGGAUGCUAUGAAGUACAUCCAGAAGAUGUAUGAGCAGCAGGCUCACUGCCGGGACAAGAAGGAAGAUAGCAAGACGCUGUACCCCCACUUUACCUGCGCCACCGACACCAACAACAUCCGCAAGGUGUUCAGUGACGUCAAGGACACGGUGCUCCUCAAGUCCCUCAAGGAGUAUGGGGUGAUCUGAGGGCCUGGGGACCCGCCUGCCUAUGGGGCCACACUCAACCAACAACCACUCAGGGCAGAAGAGACUCUCCCUCCAUCCCUCCCUCGCUCACUUUUCUCCUCUCUCUCAAUCUCAUCUCCAGUGGGGAUGCUCUUGGGUCAAACCUUCUUAUUACAGGAAGGAAUCUCUCCCUGGAGAGCAGAACAAAAUGGAGUGACUCCUAUGACUCCUGUAACAGUAACCUGUGUUACACACACACACUCUGGUUGGUAUUUUACAAUGAUGUGUGUAAGGGCUUGGAGAUUUAGUGGCUCUACCAGUGAUUGAAACUGGAAUAGAGAUGUCAUGAAGUGCUGUGUCUCCAUUAUGUUAGUGAUGACUUUAGCAGGUGGAGAGGAGAACUAUAUAGCCCCUCUAUAUCCCUAACACGACCCUGUUCAUAGAAAAUGCCUCUGAUCUGGAGAUCACUACAGAAGAUUUGACUCUAUCUGUGUGUUGAAUUAACACUACUGUACACGCGUUGUAGCCAUUACAUAACACAUAGCCAGUUCACACCUAUGAGAAGUAGCCACCAUUGAAGGCUUGUGCAACAUUUUGUGUUUGGUUGGUCUUUUAAUUGGUUUGCUUGGUUGACACCUGUAUAUUUUGUCGCUGGGUCUCAGAUGUGAGAUGUGAUGCAGGCGAGAAAUGUGGGAGUCGAGGCGUUUACUAUGGCGGUGUCAGAAAUCACAUGAUGUCAUAAUGGGUUCCCCUGACACAGUAUGUUAUGUAAUGCAAUGCUGUACUGUACACUGUUAGGAUUCUUGGUUUGGUUCUUGGUGGAUGCUUUUGUUUAGUCUCUUCCCCUAAUGUGCCUGCCUUACGACCAAUCACUACCUGCUAUACAUUGAGUUCAUAUGGGAACAACAACGCCGGUGAAUCUAUACAUUAACCAACAAAUGAGAGUGCUUAAGAGCAGCAGCCAAGUACGGGGUUAUUAAUAGCUGGCAUGCAUGCUGCUGUUAAAGCUGAAAUGUAUUAAAAGAUCUCAUUAAAUUCCUAGGACCCUAUUAGGGCUGCUAUUAGGUGGCUGAGAGAGGCCAGUUAAAACGAACGCCUGGCAUCGUGGGUGGUUCAAGUCUUGCCACUGUCUUAUAGCUCUAAAAAUCAACAGCAAAAAGUGUGGUUAUGAUGUAGUUAUGAUGUGAAUGGUGAUAGGCUGCAGCCUACGGUAGGGCUUUGAUUUGAGCAGUGGAGUUUUAUUAUCCUCUCUUCGGGCUGGCAUCAAAGGUUACACAGCAAAACAAGGAUUCAAUCAUUGUGUCAAGAUUAUAAACAACAACUCAUUAUUCAUAGUUGGCUUGACCUUUUACCCUGGUCCCCUAUCAAUAUUUAUGUUCAGUCAAUAUUUAGUUUAGCAGGCUCAGGCUGUGCUCAACUUGUUUCAAGUUCAGUAGCAUUUUAUAUUGGAUUUUAUAUUGUUGUAAUUUAAGGGAUAUGGUCUCUAUAAAUACGAGUGUAAUAUCCAUCUCAAUAUGUGUGAGUGGAGCAGGAUGGAGUCUGUCUGAUAAUACAGGUAUUAAUAUUCUGACCUGUGUGCAUCACUAGAGCAGAUGAUGAGUGUGUCAGUGGAAAAGGACUUCAAAGUCAGAUUAAAACCUCUUCCAUUAAAUUGAAGUCAGUAAUUACAAAUUGCAGGCAUGGAUCAUACAAUAUGCAUCUAUUUUAUCAAGGUUUGAGAAUAUUGCUUUGCUACAGUCUGAAGAAUGUAUACAGUAUAAGGACUUGAGCUGUGUUUUCAAACUUUUUACUCAAAUUGUUUUUUGGUAAAGGACUCUGGUCUGAAUGUGCAACUACUGUUUAGCUAUAUUCCCCUGCAGAACUGAACAUAGGCCCUGCUACCUGAUGUUAUGAAUUAUUAAUUGAGUUCAUCUUCUUUUGUUAUAUUAGACCACCUCAUUAACAGCUAGUGUGACAGAAGGUAUUGUACUGUAUAUAUUACAGACUAACAUAGGGAGAACUCUUAUUUAGUGCAAAUAUUUUGUAUAGAUUUGGGCAGAAUUUGGGGAAAUAUUUUCUAAUUAAAGUGAUGUUUUGAAAAAUA